GCUUGCUAGCUGGUCAGCUUGCUAACUUGAGCUGUUACUGAUUCUAUGCUUGCUGGCUUGUCAGCUUGCUAACGUGAGCUGUUUCUGAUUCUAUGCUUGCUGGCUUGUCAGCUUGCUAACUUGAGCUGUUUCUGAUUCUAUGCUUGCUAGCUUGUCAGCUUGCUAACUUGUCAGCUUGCUAAUGUGAGCUGUUUCUGAUUCUAUGCUUGCUAGCUUGUCAGCUUGCUAACGUGAGCUGUAUCUGAUUAUAUGCUUGCUAGCUUGUCAGCUUGCUAGUUUCCAGAGCAUUGAUAUAGAACAUUACACUUUUUCACAUGAUCUACUUCACAGGUGUCCUGUUAUAUAGAAUUAAUGGACACCGGUCAGCCAAUCCGCCAUGUCUUGUCUACAAGGGAGAAGGCGGGUUACGGAGCAACACCGCCAUUGGUCUGCUCAGCUACGGCCUGCUCAGCCUCAGCCUACUCAACUGAAGCCUUGGCCUAGUCCUAGUCCUGGCCGUGAACCCAUCUGCAAAACUGAAGAUUAAAAAGGACACUGAAAUCUCAGCAUUUAUUUUUCAUGUUUAUUUACUUCGCAAUAAAUGUUUCGGAAACACAACAAUAACGCAAUUGGGAUUCAUUAUGCGAAAUGGCUGCGAGUCUGACAAAUCUGCACCCACUCUCCAGGUGGUACAACCAUUAGGAAAUAGGAACAGGGUUAAAGGAAAAACCCCAAACUAAGUUUUUGACACUACAUUAACUAACUUAAAUGCUGGCUAGUGUGGCUAGGUUUUUGCCCCAUAGACUCGGUUUGUAACAAUAAUAAGAUCUUAAGCUUUCUAACAUUAGCUAGUUAAACUUUGAUGUUUCUUUCACGUUUAGUAUGCAUGCAUUGUAUAGCCUAAUGUUGCCGGAUUUUAAGAAUGAACACGUCCUUUUUUCUUCCCUGCUUCUGACUGUUUGCCACCAUGAAUUGUAGCCUAUUACCUUCAGAUCAUCACUGUGCGGGUUGCCAGGCCCAAUCAAAACAAACCACAGGUAGAUGAUGGGCCACCACAAUCCUUCAUGUUAUUGUUUCGGUAAAAUAUAUAGUGCAUAGCCUUAAUUCAUAUAAGGGUGUAACAGUAGAUAGUAUAUUAUUGUUAUCCAUUUAACAUUUUUUAAUUUUAAAAUACAAUUUUUUUUUUGGUGCCUGCAUGUACGUAGUAGCGGCACUACUCCAUGGGCACAGAUUCAGGACUGAGUCCUUCCUCCUCUGAGAUGGUAUUGGGUGUGGACAUGGCACUGAAUGUACAAACUGACGGCUGAGGGGCGCCAACACCUGGCCUUCACCAUAGUCAUUAUCACUGUGUAGUCACUAUCACUGUCAUAGUCAUUAUCACUGUGGAAGUUGAUUAUUUCUCCAUGUAUCUUAAAACAUCUGUUGAGGUUAGAGGAUGGAAGGGAAAUUCUGUUAAGGCAAAUUAAUUCUAGUUUCUGUCUUUUCUCUUUUGGUCCUUUCAAUCACUGGAGAGGGAAGCAUAAGGACCAGGUCCUGGUUUGCCGCACUGUGGCCUACCCCAACCUCUACACAAUAGGAGCUGCAACCACUGCAUCGAAAUCUUCUUAAACCAUUUAAGUGAAAAAAGAGAAGGAAACAGCAGCUGCACGUCUGAACGGAGUCAGAGACAUCUUUGUGACUGUUCUUCAAUCUGACUAACACAGUCAAACUUGGAUACACAGCUUCAUCUGGACCAGAAUACCAUGAGAGCCUUCUGCCUGGUCUUUAUGUUCCUUUUGUUCAAUGCAAGACUUACCCCAGCAUGGGCACAAUACCACUACCAGAGUCUGAUGAACUACUUAGAAAACAGAAUGUUGGCCAUGGAGGAGCGAAUUUCACUGUGGCAUGAGCAGUCCAAUCGCUACAAUUCAGAGCUGAAGGACUUCCGACAGCAGGCCACUGAUCUGAUGGAACGGAUAGGCAAAGACCAUGGCAAACUGCGGCUGGAUCUAGAUGGGGCAGGGGUCCAUGUGGAGCGUGUGGAGCGAGAGAUGGACUACAUCGAGACCCAGAACCCCCCAAGGCCCUGCACCAAGGCAGAGGAGAAAAUGGUAGAGCAAGAAGGCACUCCCAAACAUGACAGGAAGGAGGAACUCAGUCCAGUGACAGAUGAGGGAGCCAGUGGAGGCUGUGUGGACAUUGUGUCUAGUAUCAGUGCCAUGAAGAUCCUAAAGCGUAUGGGCAGUCCAAAGGGUGUGUGGACAAGAGAUGCUGUCACAGCAAAGGUGUACAUGUUCAGUGGCACUGAAGGCGACACAGUGCAUGAAUACAGCUCGGUGAGUGCCCUCUCCUCGUCCCCUGCCAGCUCUCGGGCUAUAAGUCUCCCCACAUUCUGGAAUGGAACAGGCAACACUGUGCACAACAACCAAAUGUACUAUGUGAGUGAAGGCACUGAUGUGCGUGUCAUGAAGUUUGACCUGCACAAUAGCUCCUCGGGGGAUAGUGCCGUGUUCCCAGUUGAUGACAGGAGUCCUGUGUACGCACUGAACCCAGAGACGGUGGUGGAUCUGGUGGCAGAUGAGGAAGGCUUGUGGGCUCUAUAUGGGUCCAAGGACAAUAUCAACCUGGCCAAGAUGGAUGCAAACACACUAGACACGGAGCAGAUGUGGGACACGGGCUGUCCCAGGGGAAAUGCAGAGUCAGCAUUUGUGGUUUGUGGCACAUUGUAUGUGGUCUACAACACCAGACCACCCAGUCGCUCUCGAAUCCAGUGUGUGUUUGAUGUGAAUGAUAUGGUGACAAGUGAAGAGGCUCCACUGUUGUACUUCCCCCGCAGAUAUGGUGCACACUCCAGCCUCAAGUACAACACCCAGGAGAAGCAGUUGUAUGCCUGGGAUGAUGGAUAUCAGAUUCUUUAUAAGCUUACUUUGAAGCAAAAGCUUUGGGUCUAAACAUUGGCUGAGAUUGUCUCUGCCUUAUGCAAAUAGGCAAUCAAGACCGUGUGUUAUGAUGUAGUUAUUCCUCCAUCAAAAAGUUAGUGUUUUGACGUUAACACAUUACACAUUAAAGCAGCAUUUUGUCUGUCAAAUCCUUGUAAUUGACUUAAAUAUGUUGUAUUUGAUUGUAAGGCUAUGGUCCUUUUUAUGAUUGGUCAUUAUGUGCAUCAUUAAAACUAUACAGCUGUCA